CCACAUGUGCUGAAUGACGAUGACAUGAACUAGGCUCGCUUUCAGACACUUAUUCUCCAGUGAUUGUCAUCCCCAACUACACCGCACUACCAGGCCGCUCUCUUCGCCCGGUUGCAUCAUCUAGAAUCAUAGAUUUUGAAUAAAUCAGUGGGACUGGAUCUAAUAUCGAAAACAAGUGUUUGCGGCAAUCAUGAACCUCAACCUUUCAGCAUCGCUAAACAUUUUCAAGCUGAUUGCAAAUCCUGCACUGUGUCUGCCUCACGCAACAGUUAACACUUUCAAUGACUUGCCGCUGCCGCUAGGGAAAGCCUUGAAAGGCGGCAAAGAUGGAGCCGAAGUUGACAUAAAGGCAGUUAUUCUGGAUAAGGAUGACUGUUUCGCAUACCCAGAAACAAAUGUCAUCCACGAGCCUUAUAAGGACCGGUUCGCAGCCCUGAAGGCAGCAUACCCCGGCCGCCGGCUGCUCAUCGUCUCCAACACUGCGGGUGCGCUGAGCCAUGACCCAAAGAGGAAGCUCGCUCAGGAGCUCGAGGAGGUUACCGGGGUCACGGUGCUCUCACACAAGACCAAGAAGCCCGGCUGCGGCAGCGAAAUCAUGGAGUACUUUCGCGCCCACCCUGACACGGGAGUCACCUCGCCUUCCCAGAUCGCCGUGGUCGGAGAUCGCCUGUCGACCGACAUGAUGCUGGCCAAUAUGAUGGGCGGCUGGGGCGUCUGGGUCACGGAGGGGGUGGCGCCUAUGCAGAAGAAGAGCAUUUUUUCCCGGCUUGAGCAUCGCUUGAUGCCGUUCCUCCUCAGAAGGGGUUACUCUGCGCCCCAACCACAAAGUCCUUUUGAAUAAGAUGGGCUUAGUCUUUACUGUACGAGAUGUAUCUAGACUAGGUAUUGUUUAAUGCAACUAUAGACUUUACUCUUCUCUA